CUCCCCGUUCGGGCGGACGGAGGCCUACAUGAAGCUGGACCAGCUGGGCGAGGGAUCCUACGCCACCGUCUACAAGGGCUACAGCAACUUAACGAACCAGGUGGUGGCGUUGAAGGAGAUCAGGCUGCAGGAGGAGGAGGGCGCCCCCUUCACGGCCAUCAGAGAAGCCUCGCUACUGAAGCAACUUAAACAUGCCAAUAUCGUUACUCUACAUGACAUCAUUCACACCAGAGAGACGCUCACAUUCGUCUUCGAAUAUGUGCACACAGACCUGUCCCAAUACCUCGAGAAACAUGGUGGAGGUCUUCAUCCCCGAAAUGUAAAGCUGUUUCUUUUUCAACUGCUACGGGGUCUGUCCUAUUGCCACCGUCGACGAAUCCUCCACAGAGACAUCAAGCCACAAAAUCUUCUUAUAUCUGAAAUUGGUGAACUUAAGAUAGCAGACUUUGGUCUUGCACGAGCUAAAUCUGUUCCAUCUCACACAUACUCUCACGAAGUGGUGACACUAUGGUAUCGGCCGCCUGAUGUGUUGUUAGGCUCCACUGACUACUCCACCUCACUGGACAUGUGGGGAGUUGGCUGCAUCUUCACAGAAAUGAUCACUGGAGUGCCUGCCUUUCCCGGGGUUAGAGAUAUACAGGACCAACUAGAUAAAAUAUUUAAGGUUGUUGGAACGCCUUCUGAAGAUACGUGGCCAGGAGUCACACAGUUUCCAAACUACAAGCCACAUCGCCUUGUUCUUCAUCGACAACGCAGAUUGGCUUCUCUCUUUCCCAGACUCAAUGACAUUCCCCAUGCUGAGUCCUUAGCUACACAGUUCCUACAGAUUCAGCCCAAUAAGAGGAUCUCAUCAGAGGGCGCUCUCAGACACACCUAUUUUGCCGAGUUACCCCAACAGAUAUACGAACUAGAUGCCGACCAAUCAAUAUUUUCCGUUGGAGGAGUGCGGUUAGCACAAGAGCUUCGUAACUACCCUACUUCCGUUAUCCAAGCAGCUAGAGAGAUCAGAAAGUUGGUCUAGUCACCAAUGAAUCUCCCUUCUUCAAAAUACAUAUACAAGAUAGCAUCAUACAUAUCCUUUCACCCAUUCAAGCACAAACUGGGUACUGGUGCAAACCAGUGGUAUUCAGUUUGAAACAAGACAAGAUUAAAGAAGAAACGUUGUACAGAGCUUGUUUUUUUUUUUUUUUUUUUUUU